CAGAACUCUACCGACGGAGACAUCUAUUAGAGUUCUGGAAGUACUUCAACCUAUGACCAGCACGGCUGGUCGUGCGCCGCUUCAAUGCACACUCCACACAACAGACCUCGAUGGCGACUGUCUUGACUUCAACGCUCUCUCCUACACCUGGGGUGAUCUAUACUUCUGACCCUGGGCUGAGGGCUAUUUCGCGGCGACACGCAGAGGAUAAGACGUUUCGUGAUAUGACACCAUAUCUAUGGGUAGACUACUUGUGUAUCGACCAGGCAAAUAUUCAAGAGCGGAAUAUGCAGGUUGGCAUGAUGUCGCAGAUUUACAGCACGGCAUCAUUGGUCAUCUCGUGGCUGGGCCCAUCGGACAAAGAUAGUGAGGUUUCUGUCCCUCUGAUUCAAAAGCUAGUAUCGAUAUUAGAAUCAUCAAAUUUCGAGCGCGAGCAUAGUAAGGUCCGCUUCGUUGCCUCAUCAAACCCUCUAACGGAAGAGAUCCUUUCGAUACCAGACGCUCAUUAUGAAAGCCUGUCACGCUUUUACGCCAGACGAUACUUCUUCCGGUGUUGGGUUCUCCAAGAGAUGGUAUUGGCAAAGGAUCUGCGCAUUCUUUGUGGCCCCGAUGAAUUACAGCUGGAAGAUUUACAGCAAGUCGCCGAAUUUAUGAUCCAUGUCAAGAAAUACAAUUUGCACGAGCCCAUCGGGCAAGCGUUCGUCAUUCCAAUGAGGCUUAAUCGUGGAGUCGAGCAUACGACGGCGGUGGUAAAUCUAUACACAUAUCGGAAUCAGAUGUCAAUAGCAAGAGCGGAAUCUAACACGUUGCCCUUUCGCUUUCAGCAGCUGUUGAUACUGACACGGGCUUCGGGCUGUUUCGAUCCAAGAGACAAGGUCUAUGCGAUGUUGGGUAUGGCACCACGAGGUGCGUUUGGCAUAGAUCCGGACUAUAACAAGAGCACAGAGGAGCUAUACAGUGAAGCGAUUCGGUACUGGAUCCAAGAAACGCAAAACCUAGACAUUCUAUGCUGGGUGAUCGACAAGGCACGGCGAAAUCUUCCGGAAUUCCCGUCGUGGAUUGGAGAGUUUGAGGUCGCCACAAACAUCAAUCAGCAAGAACUGGCUUUUACAAAUGUAGUUCAUCGGGCUACGGGACAUUCAAAAGCUCCACCUGUGGUGCCUUCAUUGGUGUCAAGUGAUUUCCGCGUUUUGACUGUACGUGGAAAGGAAAUUGAUCGAGUUACAGAACUAGCCGAAGCCUGGAGUUGGCAUGGCCACGGUGUGGGCUACGAUCCGUUGUGGACGUCGAUGACGCUCAAAAUUCCGGCUAUGUAUUUAACAGGCCAAACGCGAGGAAUCACAUAUGAAGACGCUGCGCUCCCAAUUCUUCACGAUCUAAACAACCUCGCUAAAACCGACAAUAGUGGCUUUAUACUUUCGUGGGACGAAGAUCGCCAGUUGGAGUCAGUAACAUGUUCAUGUCCCUCCACUUUGGAAAAAUUCACUUAUUCCUCUCCAUCUCAUGCACAAUCUAGGGGUACCCAAAGCCGCUUGUUAUGUGCAAAUCCUUCAUGCUUUUACAUCACUGAGCUCCAACGGAAUCGCGACUUCAAGCCCGACACUCCUUCCGCUAUACCUCACGCGCCUAGCGUACCUGAUGCACAAGACUGGGAUAGCCUAUUCAGUGGCGCAAUGAACCAUAAAAUGCAUUUGCGCCGUGUAGCAAGGACGGUGAAGGGGUAUUUGGGCUUAGUGCCAGAUAGUAGUCAGGUCGGGGGUGCUGUUUGGUUGUCGCAGGGAGCAAGGGUACCUUUUGUUUUACGGAGAGCUGUAGGAAUAGAGAGAACUGACGAGGAUGCUCCUAGGGUUGGGGAAGAGAGGUGGGAGGUGGUGGGAGAGGCAUACGUGCAUGGUAUCAUGGAGGGAGAGGUAUGGAAAGAGAAUCCGGAGGAGAAGCUGAUAGACGUACACCUAGUUUGA